CAAGACUAAGAGCCAUCUGCCCCACGCGGACUUGCUAUCACAAGAUAUAACCCUCGAAGUUCGCGAAACAUUGCGACAUAUGAACUGCGCUUUCAUCUGAGACGAUUUAUUGCCCAUCUACCAUGUCUGAUAGAGAGUUCAGCUCGAAUGAUGACCUAUCGCUUCCCAAAGCGACGGUCCAAAAGAUCAUUACAGAGAUCCUGCCACCAUCCUCCGGUCAGACGUUCUCCAAGGAUGCUCGAGAUUUGCUCAUGGAGUGCUGCGUCGAGUUCAUUACUUUGAUCUCCUCUGAGGCCAACGAUAUUAGCGAGAAGGAAGCUAAGAAAACAAUCGCUUGUGAACAUGUGGAGCGGGCUCUGCGUGAUCUUGGAUUCGGUGACUAUAUUCCCGACGUCCUUGCCGUCGCAGAGGAACAUAAGGAGCAACUGAAGUCGCGAGAGAAGAAGCAAAGCAAGAUGGAACAAAGCGGCCUGACAGAGGAGGAACUGUUACGACAGCAGCAAGAGUUGUUUCGCUCGGCCACAGAAAAAUACAAUGCUGCUCCCGAAUGAGCUUCUCGAAUCGAUACCGUGCUUGUUGUUCCAGACUUGUCGAUCAAAUAGACUCAUGCGUUUCGGAGUUCUUUGUGCUUUGGGUUCCAUCUUCGUACUGAUGGCACGUACAUGCUUUGAGGGGGGAAAUAGGUUCGGAGUUUAGGUGGUUAUUCAGGGUUUGACUCGGGAAAUGCUUAGCCCGUUUGCGGUGUUGUCUGUAUUUUCAUCCCUACGUGUAUGGACAUUUUCUUUUAACUUACUUCAGUCCCUUCUGCUCUUUAUGAGUUUCGCAUUGAAGGAUGGCUAUUUGUUCAUCGUAACCCGAAAGUUGCGGAGACCGGUAUGAUCUUGUUCCUUAUUUUUCACUGUUUCUUG